CCCGACAUAGUCAGUCGACAUGCUGCUCGUCCUCCUGUUGCUCGCGCACAUACGCGCCGAGUGGGUCGAGAUCACACAACUACACAAACCAACACACCAUCGUGAGGUGCAAGAUAUCCUCGACUUCCAUGAGGAGCGGCGGCGCAGACCAUCUUUAUCAAAAGAACCAUCAAGCCUUGGUGAUGGACAUAGGAAAUAUAUAUCAUCAACAAAAAGCAGCUUAUACGAUGAAAAGAAGCCACAAUUUUCAACAGGACCUGAACUGUACAAAGAAAAGAGGAGGCCACAUUUCCCAACAGAGCCUACCAAUUUUAAUGACGAUAUAAAGUUGCCACAGUUCUCAACGGAGCCUGGCUUUUUGGCAGAUUACAAACGCAACAGGAUUUAUAUCAAUCACUCUAUAGACCAGGGAUCGCACUUUAGUGUAGACCAGUCACCAGAAAAGCAUUGGACUAAAGGUGUAGUUCACAGAGUCCCCAACCCAACCGUCGGUACCGUUAAGAGAGUAUAUUUAACAACCGAAGAACCAGCUAAAGUAAAGUACGAGGAAGCAGAUCUUACACAUGAGGUGAAAGGAUACACAAUAAGAAACCCGUUUAAAGCUUUUGAAGAUCAAAAACCCGAGUUCGUGACAAAAGAAGAGAUGUUUGAAGAUGACGGCGAGGACGUGGUUCACUUCGUUAGGAAACCACCUAAAGGUAUUUGGGCGAAAGGAAAUGAAAUCCAAUCGAAAAGUCCUGUAAGAAGCGUAGACGCAGAAGAAAACGGCCCUGCGAACAAAACACCUUCCAAUAUUUCUGAAGAGGAUCAGAAUGUGGAACCCGGCACAAGCGACACGAAGCCAAACACGAUGGAGAAUGUGCUGAAAUUCGCAAAAGUUGUGGCAGACACCAUUACGAGGAACACGCGAAAGAGCGUCAGCAGCAAGCUGCGGUAUUUGGAGGACUUGAAGGACACCAUCAUGGUGAACAUAGAGGAUCGCAUCGAGUACCUGUGGCCGGACGACACGGGCGGUAGUGGAGCGCGCCGGCGCCGCUGGUCGCGUUCCGCAGAGGCUCGCGGUCACCACGUCGAGUUCCCCUCUUCCGAGAGCGCCCUCAUGACCAUAUCCUUCCUCACCUUCGCUGUCUACCUCAUCAAACUCGUACUACAAGUUAUCCAAACGUACAAAAACAAAACGAUGAUGGUGACACCGGCUGUAUUUGCGGCCGUUGGGCGAUCUGCAAGAAGCAAACAGAAAGAUUCUCAUAAAUAG